AUUGAUCCGAUUCGAACGAUGUCAGCUGGCAAAGUGGACCUAGGAGCAUUUCGCACCUAUCCAAAAGGUUACAAACCUCCGGAUGAGGUUCCUUCUGAAUAUCAGUCCAUCCCGCUCAACAAAAUUGAAGAUUUUGGUGUUCACUGCAAGCAGUAUUAUCCAUUGGAAGUUACGUAUUUCAAGUCAUCACUUGAUGCACGCCUUCUCGAAUCACUCUGGAAUACCUACUGGGUCAGCACGUUAUCCAGUAAUCCGUUAAUUACGAACUCGUCCUACAUCACUUCAGAAUUGAACGAUCUUUCCCAGAAAUUACAAAAUCUGAGGAGAGGCAAAAUUGCACCUCAUUCGCCCCGUUCAACUGAUUCAGCAUCAACAGACAAAUUCGCGAAAGUGAUCAAGGAUACCAAAAAGAUGAUCAAGCACUCGCUGUUCAAUCUGGAAAGCGCCGAUACAACCGAUCUCACAAGAAUGUUGUGA